AUGGCGAGUGGUAAUGCCAGGCGUGCGCGAACUAUGAAACGCACUUUCAUCUUGCUACGCUGGGCCGAUCAGUUGCGCGUUCCGCGAGCGGCCGACUUUGCAUCACUAGAGUCGGGUGGCCGUGUGAAAGAGAUAACGUUCAGUAACAAUUCGACCAUCGCGCAUAUUGCUGAUAUGCUCAAACAUAAUUUCCAUCAGCUAAACACGGAUGAAGAGAUUUCAAGAUUGCAGUUUUACAAAGCGUUAGGCUCCACAAAUAUUCUAACACGGGUUGGCACGGCGCCUGAUAUUUGUGGUGACACGUUUAAAAACGUCUACCGAAAUAGAAGUAGGGUAUUUAUGCGGCCAUCAAUAGACCAACCCGUACAAGCAGGCACGAAUUCUACAAACGGAGCUGAAGACGACGGAGUAGCCGACCAAGCUGGUGAGCAAGAUCGACAAGACCAAGUUAAUCAAAAUUCAGCAGACGCAAGGCAUGACGACAGAACAGAUGACCAGGCUGAAGAGCAAGAUCCAGCGAAUGAAGUUGAAGGAGAGAUGAUAGUUGAAGAGGAAUUCGAAGACACGAUCUCCCAACUUGACACUCCCAAUCGAACGCCACCUCCUCAGCGUCUAAACAACGAUGGUCCAGUGUAUCUUAGCAGUGAUGAUGAGAUGAUGGAACCUCAAUCCUCAUCAACACCUAGAAAUGGCAUAUCCACUGAUAAAGUGGAGAAGGUUUCAAUGGGUGUGGUAGAAUGUGUGCAUUUUGGAGGGCCAUCUACUGCUCAUGUAUUAGAAGCUGGUGAAGUAGAAGAGAUGGAGGACACCACAGUACUAGCAGAACUUGAUCCUGCUAGUGGACCAGCCUAUGAUGUGGCACUUUUCCGCAAGUUUUUGAAGGUUCAUAAAAUCCCUCCAAGACUUCCCAUCAUCUGCUUGUCUGCUUUGCAGAUGCAGCUGCAGGCUCAUUUUGAUGGGAAGCCGGUGUGCCUGAUACGUUUUAAACUAACAGAUAAGGCGGCAGGUAUGCUUAGGCAACUCAUGGAUAGUACUGAGACCAUCAAAAAGUGUUAUGUCCUGGUCUCCUAUGUAGGAUCUCAGUUUGAUGUGGAAGUUUGUGGGAGGUCUGAUCACACGAAAGAUAUGGAGUUGGAGUGUCGCAUUUUUCAGCCCACGAUGUCUCCUGUGAGACUAGUUACAGGAGACAUCAUUACAGGAGGUCAUGCAGAUAUGCUCUGUAAAAUUGAAAGGGCAGUGACAGAAGGCUGUCUUGCAGCACAAGCUGUGUGUGAGCAAAGAAAACUGUUGGAGGAUAGAAGAGAGUUCCGAAGAGUACAAGAGGAUGAACUCAGACAAUCAGAGGCCGCAGACAAAGGAAAACAACGUGAGCGUGAGGCAGAGGAGGAAGAAGGAGACCUUGAUGUCACCGAACCAGACAGUGAAUGGGUUCGUCAAAAAAGAAUCCAGGCGCUGACCCGCAAUGAGGGAGAGGCAUAUGGCAUUCAAGAUGACAGCGAUGAUAGUGGAACG